AUGCCUUCAGAAAAGAUUGACAAGAAGCGCAAGCGCACAUCAGACCGAAAUGAGAGGCCAACAAAGAAGCCUAGCCUGCAGACUCUUCCGACUCUCGCCGCCAGUGUCAUUGAGGACAAGAGCGAAUUGGCGCCUGUAAUUGCCACGACUCCCGGCGUUCUCAACUCCAAGGACCUCCGGUUCAACCCAUACACCAAGUCUCGUCACAAUGCCGAGCGGACAGCGACCCGUAAUGCGGGCAUUGUCGGUGCCGAGAUGCUGCUGCAGUCUUCCGAACAUGAGAAAAUGGACUUUGUUGGUCGUGAAGGAACAGGCGAAGAUGCGGAUUCUCAAUUGACGCACUACGUUGCUGUUGUGGACCCUGAGCGCAAAACAUGGCAAGUCAUCGAGGCGCGGCGAGUCACCGUGCGUGGUGCUGUUCGAAGCAGAAAGCCCGUGGAAGAGGAGUCGGAGGAGUCGGAGGAGGAAAUGAACACAAUGCGUGCCCAACGAACCAACCUCACCAACACCUUCGGUACCAAGCAAUCUCGCAAGGCUGUUCAAUCCAUGGCCGAGAACGCCCAACUAUCCAACGCCCCCGCUGGCACGCUCAACGAAGCUGGCGCCGCCCUCAUCUCUACUCUUCCUGCCGAUGUGGCUUCCGGUCUCGCCAAGGCCAGCAGCGUGCAAGCCGAAGUGCAGGCAGCCAAGCCCCUCCCUACCCCCGAUCUUACUGCUGCUCAUCCCUCGGACGUUUACUCGCUCGAGACCUUGGUGCCCGGUGGUCAUUCCACUCUGCGUCAAUUGACCGGUGUCGACGAAUGGGUAGAGCAAGUGGAAUCUGGACUGAGCAUCGUCACCGGCUCCCGAUACGUCUCCAACCGGGUCGUGGCGGUUGCGCAAUCCGGCAACACCACGCAGAUCCAGGUUCUCCGCUUCAUUCAGUUACUGCUUGAAUUCGCCCGCUCACUGAAGGGCAUGGGCCGUGAUAAGGGCGCCGGCCCCGGAAGCAAGAAGCUCCCUCCCCGCGAAGAUCUGCGCAAGAUCCUCUCGAGCACAUCUGGCGCCGGCGCCACCAGCACCACCAAGGCCGGCAAGGAGGAGGACGAUUCAAACCUCGCGCUUCUUCCGGAUUCCGUGGUCGAUGCUGUUCGUCGCCGAUUCGCGCCCCAGGGCGGCUUCCUCUCCAAGCAUGACCUGACCCUGCUGCACACGACCAUCUGCGCUCUCAGCUUCCAUAUUCCUCCCCAGCCGGCCAAGGACGGUGGCUCCAGCUCACUGGGCGGUAACUCGCCCAAUGAACUUGCCACUGAUCCCUCGGAUCUGCGUGAUGACCUUCGCCUCGACUCGAAUACCAUCCAGCAAUACUUCCGUGAAUUGGGUUGUCGCAUCGACAAGCCCCGUGAAUCUGAGUUUGCCAAGUGGAAUAUCAAGGGCGGUAAGGCUGAGGCAGCGGCUCGUCGGAUUGCACGCUUGCGCAUUCCUCUCGAGUUUCCCAAGGUCAGCCGUGGAGGUCGCAAGUAG